UCACUGCGCUGAGGUGGAUCAGGUCCCCUCAGGCUCUUUCGAUAUUGUGAGCGGCAUAUCUACAGUGAAAGUCAUUGGGCUCAGCACUGUCGCCUCGCUAGAAUAGCAUGGUCAGGAGCAAACGGGCCUGCCAGCGCAAAGGUGGGCUAGUGGUGAGAUCUUAGCCUCAGCACAGGGCCUUAACCUGACUGAUACAUGACUUGGACUGCUUGUUUGGGCUCCUGAGAUAUAUGGCAACAUUUCCAUCAGUUAUUCGUACUUCGUAAUAGAGAAAAAUUCAAAAUUCACAAAUAGAGACUGAUUUAAUGUUAGUUCUGAUCGGUACUGGUUGAUUUUGCAAUCCCUUCGCAAGUUGUGGCUAAUAUUGAUGGGACUGGGCCAUUUGGCGUGAGGUCAUUCACAUGGAAUUCAAGCACAAAGCAACCAUUUUGAUUCCCCCCACCCCCCAAAAAAUAGCAGCCAUUUUGUCCAAUCAUAUGUACGAAUAUGAACCCAUAUUUCUGUUAUUCGAAAAGGUCAUUACCCUGUACACUGAUACAUGUGCUGUGUUUCCCACAUUGAAUCCUAUGGAGUACAUAUUAAGUUUCACUUUUUCUAUAGACCAAUAUAAAACGCAGCAUUAUGUGGGAGGCAUUCACACACACACACCCCUCUUUAAUUACUCCCUCUCUGAAUUAAGCUUCACUUUCUUUUUUGGGAUGUCCCUAAAUUAAAUCUCACUUCUUUAUUUGCAUUAUUUGAUAAACAAAUCUAUAUCGAACAAUGUCAAACGG